GCAGCUCGGACUCGGACUGCACCACAUCCACAUCCUCCUCCGCCGACCUGACAGCACAACGGCGGGCAGACAGCAGCAGCAGCAACAUCCAGCCUCGCAUCAUAACAAACCGCGUCCUGGAGGGGGAUGGGGGGGCUCUCGGCCCGCUAGUAAACCGACUACAUUUCCUAGAAGCGGAGAAGGCUCACGGAGGUCCGACGAGAUGGUUUCGUGGAUUAUUUCGAGGAUAGUUGUCCUUGCCUUUGGGACACUCUACCCAGCGUACUCCUCAUACAAAGCUGUCAAAACGAAGAAUGUGAAGGAAUAUGUGAAAUGGAUGAUGUACUGGAUAGUAUUUGCAUUGUUCAGUACAGCAGAGACGGUCACAGACCUGCUCCUGUCAUGGUUUCCAUUUUAUUUUGAGCUAAAGAUUGCCUUUGUGAUCUGGCUCCUGUCCCCAUACACUAAGGGCUCCAGUGUCCUCUACCGCAAGUUUGUUCACCCAACCCUGUCCAACAAGGAGAAGGAGAUCGAUGAGUACAUUGCUCAGGCCAAAGACAGGAGUUAUGAGACCAUGAUGAGGUUUGGAAAAAGGGGUCUCAACCUGGCUGCUAAUGCUGCUGUCACAGCAGCCACCAAGGGGCAGGGUGUCCUGUCAGAUAAACUGCGGAGUUUCAGCAUGCAGGACCUGACUCUCAUCAAUGCUGACGAUGACUUGGCUCUUCACACGUCAGACGCCCGCAUGAGACGGGACCCCAUGGAUGACAUGAGCUCAGGGGCCAGCACGCUGCCCCGGGCCAAGAGCACUGCUGCACGGCAGACCCGUUCUUCGGCAGCCACGUCCCUCGCUGAUGACGCAUCAUCCCAACACAGCUCAGAUCUGUCAGACACGAGGACUGAACAUUCUGAUGAAGAUGUGGGAGAAAAGACUGCGAAGCGCAAUACUGGUGUCAAGACGACCAAGAAACCUGCUGCUGCUAAGACAGAGACUCAAACCAAGACAGUGAAGAAACCUGUAAAGAAGAAGACCACGACUAACACCGCAGAGACGCCACCAUGAGGCCUGUUGUCCACAUUGACCGGCCUAUGUUCUGUCCACCCCACAGCCUACAGACCCUCUCCUCUGUCCGGUCUACACACACACACAUACACACAUAUAUACUGUAUUAACGCACCAAAACUGUGUCACUGUUGCUGGUUUUUAAAGAAAAGUGCAGAACUAGUUUUAAACAGUCCGUGGCUCUCCCUUUGUUACAUUUCCUCAGUUGCAGUCUUACGAUCUUCUCCUUUUUUAAACCCAAAGAAAUGUUUGUAGUACUAGUUGAGUAUAUAUCUAUAUAUGAACUAGUCAUGUGUUUUCCAGCUGUGUUGACCUUAAGAAAUCUGAUUCACAUUGCAUUGCCUGCUGGGAUAUUCUCCAGGUGAAGCUCGACUAAAUCUGUCAAAUGUGAGUUAUUUACUCUUUGUGUUUCCAGUUGAUAUAAAUCCCUCUCAGUGAGUCCAAGAAACAGGUUUGAGUACUUAUCUCAGCCUGCCCGAGACAAUAGAAAUCCUAGAGGUUGUGUCCAAAACACAGGUACCAUCAUAAUAUAUUCGGCUUUAAGUGCAUUGUAACCCAUCAGUCAGUGUCAUAGCUCAUGUAACAGUCUAAUUUUACCAGGUUAUUACUGUUCUACCUUAUUUUGCUUCUAUGUUUUAAACCAGGUGUCUGCAUUUUCAGUUUCAAGCCCUAAUUCCUGUGAAAUAACCUGGCUCUGCUAUGUUCAAUUCCACUCACAGCAUCUUUUUUUUUUUUCGUCACUGCUUUAAAGGCAAAGUAUGUAGCAUUUCUGGCUUGUGUCUGUAAACAGAGCUGGUUGAACCUGAUGACUCCUCUCCUCUGUCUACUGCAUGAAUAGACCAAGUGUCAAUAACAAGAGGAGAUAAAGAAAUAGAAAACUGUUACGUCGUGGUUCUAUUGUAAAAAAGUAAACGCACCAUCACAAAACUGUACAAGAAUGGUCUAGAGGCAAAAUAAAGCCAAAAGAGAAGACCAGAUUCACUUAGUUGUUGCCUGUACAUGUUUUACGAUGCCAUUAUAGACUACAAACUCGCUGCUGAAAGUCCCUGUGGAUGUCCAAAAGGCAGCAAAACUGGAAGGAGGACUAGAGAAUACAGGCAGAGAGCAGAUAAAUACACAAUCACACACUGACAGGGUAAGAAAUGACGACUGAGAUGGGUUAUUAUUGUCUAUAUUGUGCUUCUUAAGGACAAUAUUACAUGUUUCGCUUUUUAAUGUGAAUAUUUAGUAUGAGUGAUGGAGGAGUUUUAGUGUUGGUCUGUUAUCCUUCACAUAAACUUCACUCUCUAAUGUUAUGUUCAUCCACAGUCAUUUGCUCUGAUUUUCACUUCUGUUGGUUGUUAAAUAUAACUGAGUUGUGCAUAGUCAGACCUGUAGUUGGACAGCGAUAGGUCUGUUCUAAUAGAUUCAUAGUCAUAGAGGAGUUGCCAGUGUUUGUGAGGUAACAUAUCUGCUUUAGGUAUUUCUACAUAUCAGUUGUUAAACAUUGACACCGCUGCACUCGCCCUUUUUUGCCCAGCUCUGUGCUGACACUUUGCCCCUACAGUAUCUGUUUACUUAGAGCCCAGGAUAAAGCAAUAUGAAGAUAUUCAAGCCAAAACCGACACUGUCCCGUAAGGAAACUGGUCUCUUGUCCCUGUGAUGCUGUUUCACAUGUGGAGGGAGUGUCAGACUAGGCUGUGGGUGUUUCUGAUCACACCACACUCUUUUUGUGGUCGACAGCUACUGCAUUAGGAGCAGAUUCUCCAGAGUGCUCUUUCAUUAGAGAUAUAAAGCAUGAGACUACUUCUGCACUCAUUACUGCUGUCAGCAGUGUGGCACUAGUAUGAACCAGUAGGGGGAGACAAACCCCACCUCAACCGAUGACAAAGUUACUAAAUAAUAUGUAAACACGAUGUAAAUAAUAACCUUGAGUGUAUAUACAGUAUGAGCUUGCUUGCCUUAUUCAUUUCCAUUUAGUUUUCUAAAAAGUUCUGUAUUUUUGAUUUCUGACAGUCUGUGUUCUGAGGCUUGGACUUCAUUACUAUGGACCGUAAUGUUGGUAAUGUUUUUAUUUUCAAUUGAUGACUUUAUUUCACUCUUAUCUGUCUUUACUUGCUGAGAUAUUUUAACUCUUCUUUAUCACCAAGUAGUAUACUUUUGAGUAUGACCUGAUGUUUACUCUGACUGGUUAACAGGUAUUUGAGGACCAAAGGUUCACCAGUCUUAGUUUAAUUUAAUUUAAUUUUUUUAAAGAAAUGUUUGCACUCAAUAAAAGAAUAUGGCACACAGUUCGAUAUUUUGUCUUAAGAUUUAACUCUGCAUUUUUUUUUUAUCCUUCUUUUAAUGUUUUUUGGGGUAUUUAUUGCUACUUAUUUUCUGUUUAAAAUAGGUAUUGUAUAGAAGGAUGUUCUUUUUUUUUUUUUUUUUUUUUUGUGUGUGCCAAUUCUUGACGCUUCCAUGUCAAAACGGAUAACCGUAUGUGUGCUGGGACAAUGAUAUUAACAAGGUCAUCUAUCAGUAAUAAAACUACUAAUAAAGGAAA